CCAGGAACAAUUCAUUCAUGCACGACACGGCUUGCCAGGUCGAGACCGGUUUCUGGGACGAAGACCAAGACCAAUCACAAUGAUGAUGUGGAAGAUCUGGCGAAACCUCCGCCGUACGUACUAACUACCUACACUCACGGAUUGCCCCCUCGUGUCCGAUGCAUGCCAGUCGACGGAUCCUCCACCAGCUUGCUGUCCCGACGACCCUGAUUGCCUGCCGUCCUGCCUUCGUCUGCUACCUACUACCGCCGCCACCGCCCACCGACCGGCCUGGCAAAGUCCGUCCCCUCCUCGUAUCCCGAUCGCAGAGACACACUUGUCUCGAUCCAUCCAUCCAUCCUCCCUCAGGGCCGCCCGCGCCACCCGAUCUUCAGGGGGAAAAGGUCGCAGUCCGCACGCCCGCACCACACCACCUUCCUUGUCCAUGACCUGCAGCACCGGCGGAUUGGCUGAUUUGACUGACUGACUCUACCCAGACAGACAUGCAACUCGCAAAGUAUUGGAAGCCAUCCCUCCUCCGCACCUCGUCUAUCCACCCCGGCUCUCCGGUCCAGUUGUUGGAUCAACGCUUUCUUGUGGAACCGGCAAGCACACACACGCACAUCCAUCUGCCGCUAUCGUGCUGUCUGUCGCCUUGCUCGCAACCGGCAGAGAGAUCAAAAAACACCUCCGUUGCCGAUGACGCGCGUCGUUCAGACGCUGGCUACCCUCCCUCCACACUCUUCGUCCUUACCCCCCUCCCUUCGACGUCGCCCUUCCGCAGAUCCCGCAGGCGUUGCCGUUGUGGCUGCUACAUUCAUGUGCAUGUGUCUGUGUGCCUGUGCCUGUGCCUGUGCCGUUUGCGCUGGAACUGCCCAAGUCUCGUAUACCAAGAUGGUACUGCUCCUGUCCGGUCUGGUCCUGUCCUGCCCCGCGGGCCCUGCAGCUCGUGCAAUCGGACCGUAGGACCGAGGCGCAGCGACACUCGACUCCCUCUUCUCAGACCACUGGACACAAACGAGGGCACCCCUUUCCUCCUCAACUUGCCGUGCUUUCCCUCACACACACACACGCACACACACACACAAUUUCACCUGCCCGUCCGGAACUAUUUGCUGCAGGCUGGCCUAGGGGACCAAAGAAAAACUGCACCUGCCGCCGUCCGUCCCGUGGUUCAUCCUCGAGAGUGCGGCUCUUACAACCCUCGGCCACUUCCCAAUUGGAAAUUCUCCAUCCGCUCGUUCAGCAGCCGAAGAAGGAAGAGUUAUACACUAAAAAGAGUAUCCUCACCAAACGAAGAGCGAAAAAAAGGCAGCUGGGCUGCUCCAUCGGUUUCGCCAGAAAAUCGUCGUUUGGCAGACGCACUCUCGCAGACGCACCACACACCCCGUCGCUCGUUAGACAUACGCGCCUCCCCUGGCGUGCCCACCUCAGCAUCGACCGGUUCCCUCUCCCAUCGAACAGUUGAUUAGACAAAUCUUGACAAGAUGCGCCAAGGCGAGUUCGUAAAGUCCGACGGCUUCCCCCCGCAGUAUGACGAGGUCAUGUUCCCGCCGCGGGGAGCCCCCGGCAGCGUGCGCCAGGCACGCACCAGCAUACCCUGGUGGAAUCCGCGGUACUGGCGCAAGAGGGUUUGGGCGGGCAUCGGCGUCGUGCUGGUCAUCAUCAUCAUCAUCGCCGUCGCCGUGGGCGUAACGCAGAGCAAGAAGAACCGCUAUCCGGACUACUCGGCCAUCACGUACAGCCUGAGCGAGACGUAUGGAGGCGAGAACUUCUUUGACAAGUUCAACUACUUUACCGGCUACGAUCCUGCCCAGGGAUUCGUUCACUAUGUCCCCGCCCCCGAGGCCAAGCAGAGGAACCUGACGUACGCCACGCCCAGCACCGCCGUGGUCAAGGUCGACACGGCCGUGGGCCCCGACUCGGAGCCCAACGCGUCGACGGGGCGCUUCUCGGUGCGCCUCGAGUCCAAGACGACGUACAACCGCGGGCUCUUCCUCUUCGACGUCAAGCACACGCCGUACGCGUGCGGCGCCUGGCCCGCGCUCUGGCUGACGGACCCGUCGCACUGGCCCGACAACGGCGAGAUCGACAUCAUGGAGAGCGUCAACCAGGGCACCGGCGGCAACCAGAUGACGCUGCACUCGACGGGCGGCUGCUCCAUGGGCGGCGUCAAGCGCAAGAUGGCGGGCGAGGCCGCCGACGGCAACUGCGACCACGCGGCUAACAAGAACGCCGGCUGCGGCGUCUCGGGCGGCGAUAAGACGUUUGGCACGGCCGUCAACGGCGCCGGCGGCAGCGUCAUGGCCGUCGAGUGGCGCGACGCGGGGAUCCGCAUGUGGCAGUUUGCGCGCGGCGCCGUGCCCGCCGACGUGGCCGCCAAGAAGCCCGACCCGAGCACCUGGCCCGAGGCGGCGGCCGACUUCCCCAGCACCGAGUGCGACAUUGGCUCGCACUUUAGGAACAACUCCAUCAUUGUCAACAUUGACCUGUGCGGGGACCUGGUGUACGGCAGCUGGAAGAAGUCGGGGUGCCCCAGCAACUGCACAGACCUGGUCGCCAACCAGCCCGACCUGUACAAGACGGCCUACUGGGAGUUUGGCUCCUUUGAGGUCUACCAGCCGGCGUGAUGAUGGCACACGGCGGAGGUCAGGGAAGACCCGGAACGGACACACUGACGGCGCUGCUAAUACAUGAAAUGUGGACUCUUUUGCAAGCAUGGCGCUGGGUGGUCUAUAGGAUGGUAUCGAGAGUGGGACAAGGGAAACGCCAUAACACAUAUUAUGUUCAAAGUAGAAGAAUGCACAGAUGGCAGACCAA